GAACUUGGUCUGCCUUGCUUAACUCCUCCCUAACCUGCUUCAGUGUGAGGAGGCAUAUGGGAAGCACUGUAUGGAGGUGGUCCUCCCACAGCUGGGACCCUAAUAAUGGUAGGAACAUGGAGGGGGUCCCUGCCAUUCAAGGCUGAGUCUGGAAUAGAAGAGGUGGACACUGGCCACAUGAAGUGGACAUACAAGAGUUAACUGGCGGGGUGUGACAGGGCGAACCGCCUUCAGGAAGUGUUACUCACCGCCAGGAAUGUGCACGCCUGUGCCUUGGGGGUUGAAUUCUCUUCCUGAGUCCCAGGAGAAGCUGAAGGAGCUCCCAGCCAUGGAAGACCCUGGGGAGACAGGAGCACACCCUCUGGGAGCUGCCAACCUGAACUUUGUUCCCAGGCACCAACAGAAAGAAAAGCCAUCUCCAGACCCACUGUAUGACACGCCCGACGCCAGCAGGGCACAGGCAGGCAGGUCCCAACAACCGGCACGCACUGUGAGCCUGCGGGAGCGGCUGCUGAUCACCCGACCUGUGUGGUUACAGUUGCGGGCCAACGCGGCAGCUGCGCUGCACGUGCUGCGGACAGAACCUCCAGGGACCUUCCUGGUACGGAAAUCUAACACUCGCCAGUGCCAGGCUCUGUGUGUGCGGCUGCCAGAAGCCAGUGGCCCCUCUUUUGUCUCCAGCCACUAUAUCCAAGAGAGCCCUGGCGGCGUCUCUUUGGAGGGUUCAGAGCUCACGUUCCAGGACCUGAUUCAGCUCAUCUGUGCAUACUGCCAUACCAGGGACAUUCUUCUCCUCCCACUCCGGCUCCCCAGAGCCAUUCAUCAGGCAGCCACCCACAAGGAGCUGGAGGCCAUCUCCCAUCUAGGCAUGGAGUUCUGGAGUUCCUCUCUCAACACCAAGGUUCAGCAGAGGUCUUCCGAAGCUCCACCGAUACCCAGGCUGAAGGCUCGCUCCCCUCAAGAGCUGGAUCAGGGCACCGGUGCAGCCCUCUGCUUCUUCAACCCCCUCUUCCCAGGAGAUCUGGGCCCCACCAAACGUGAGAAAUUCAAGAGAAGUUUCAAAGUGCGUGUGUCCACAGAGACCUCCAGCCCUCUGUCCCCACCUGCUGUGCCGCCUCCCCCAGUCCCGGUGCUGCCAGGGACGUCUUCCAGCCAAACAGAAAGACUGCCUUCUCGACAGCUGCUGCAGAGGGAGAGCUCAGUGGGGUAUCGCGUGCCAGGGAGUGCUUCCGGCCCUAGCCUUCCUCCCCUACCUUCGCUCCAGGAGGUGGACUGCUGCUCCCCCAGCAGCUCAGAGGAGGAGGGUUCUCCAGGGAGCCCUACAACCUCCCCACGCCUGGGCCGCCCAAGGCAGCGGCGGCCUCUGCUUCGGUCCAUGAGUUCUGCUUUCUGCUCUCUGCUGGCACCGGAGAGGCAGGUGGGCCGGGCUGCCACAAUGUUAAUGCAAAACCGAUACACAGCUGUGGGCCAGCUAGUGCAGGACCUACUGACUCAGGUUCGGGCUGGUCCUGAGCCUCGGGAAUUGCAGGGCAUCCGCCAGGCCCUAAGCCGGGCCCGGGCCAUGCUGAGUGCAGAACUGGGUCCUGAGAAGCUGCUACCACCGGAGAGGCUGGAACUGGUCCUGGAGAAGUCCCUGCAUCGCUCUGUUCUCAAGCCUCUUCGACCCAUCCUCGCUGCCCGCCUGCGGCGCCGGCUUUCCACAGAUGGUUCCCUUGGCCGCCUAGCUGAGGGCUUCCAGCUGGCCCGAACCCAGGGGCUUGGAGCCUUCGGGUCCCAACUACACCUCUCCUCCCCAGUGGAGACAGAACAGGUGCGCCAGAAACUGCUUCAGCUGCUCCGCACCUAUUCACCUAGUGCCCAGAUCAAGCGGCUUCUGCAGGCCUGCAAGUUGCUCUACACAGCCCUGAAAACCCAGGCGGGGGAGGAUGCAGGCGCUGAUGAGUUCCUGCCUCUGCUGAGCCUUGUCUUGGCCCAGUGCGACCUUCCUGACCUCCUGGUAGAAGCUGAGUACAUGUCGGAGCUCCUGGAGCCUACCCUGCUCACCGGGGAGGGUGGCUACUACCUGACCAGUCUCUCGGCCAGCCUGGCCUUGCUGAGUGGCCUGAGCCAGGCCCGCGCUCUCCCACUCAGCCCGGCACAGGAGCUCCAGCGCUCUUUGGCCCUCUGGGAACAGCGCCGCCUUCCGGCCACCCACAGCUUCCAGCACCUCCUCCGAGUAGCCUACCAAGACCCCAGUACAGGUUGUACCUCCAAGACCCUGGCUGUGCCCCCGGGGUCUUCGAUUGCCACCCUGAGCCAACUCUGUGCCACCAAGUUCCGAGUGACUCACCCUGAUGCAUUCGGCCUCUUCCUCUACAAGGACCAGGACUACCAUCGCCUGCCCCCUGAAGCCCUGGCCCAUAGGCUUCCUGCAACUGGCUACCUCGUCUACCGCCGGGCAGAGAGGCCUGAAACCCAGGGGGCUACAACAGAAAAGGCAAAGGCAACCAGUGGGAGGCCGGAGGCAGGAGCAUGGGAAGAGGAGAAAGGGGGCCUGAACAGUGAGGGGGAGUCUGAGACAACUGUUGACCAAGGAGGCCAUGGGCAACCAGAGGAGCCAAAGGCAGAGGGAAGCCAGGCUGCAGAAGAGUAGCCAGAAAGAGCCAAGAAGGCUACCUGGGCCUCCAGAAGCUUCUCAAUUUGCUCUUCCCAGCUGCCAAGCUUCCUUCACCACCCACACCCAGUUCUCUGUUGUGUCCGCCACCAUCUCUGACUGAUCUUUAUGAGUCCAUCUGCUGGGAACAGGGGCCUGACCACAAAGACUAGGGCAAAGUUAAGGGAGGAGACUCCAAAGCCCUGUGUCCAAGGCCCCUAGCCUCGGCUUCUCCCUAGCCCACAGGAACAAAUGUGUCUGGGAAGGGACAAAUUCAUCUAAUAACCAACUCCAGCACAGGGAGAGGGUGUUCCUGACUUCUUUGCCUCUCCCACUGUCCGUGGGCACAGGCAGGGUUGCUGGAGCUUCAAGACCCUGAACAGCUCCAAUCUCUCCUAGUUCCAGGGUAGGGAAAUGGCAGAAUGAUAGCAAAGGUCCCCAAACAAGUGGCUCUUCCCAGAGGCAGUGUCCUGGGCUGCAGAGAGGGGAUAUGAGUACUGCAGGGCUCUGGAGUGACCCAGGCCCCCCGUGGGUGGUUGAUGGCUAAGACUGGGCAGGGGAAAGAGGAAAGGACAGUUAUUGGUAGCCGUGCUGUUCCUUAGAGCAGCUGCUUCCACCAGGCAGUCCAGAGAUAGUUGUUCUCCUGGAGGUCAGGUCACAAGAGAGAAAGCACCUAUGUUCCAGCCUCUCUUUAAGAUCAGAAACCUACCGAGGCACUUCAGUAUUUCUGGGGAAUUAAACCCUGGGAAGUAAUGCCCACUAGCAGGGAAGUUUCCAGAACGAGAGAGGGGUUCCACAAACAUUGUCUUUGUAAUCCUCUUUUUGGGCCCUUACCAAAAAAAAAAAAAUCUUGACAAUAAGGCACAGUAUAGAGUUUGUGAGCCCCAUGGCAGGUAAUUCCCAAGAUGUCCUAGCAAACUAGCCCUCAAGGCCAGGGCUGCAGGACCCAGAAGGGAAGGCGGCAGCGAAUCUGAGCAGAGGAAAAUACCCACCAGCAGCCACAAGAGGGUGUGCACUGCCUAAGAAGCUGCAGAGGGUGACACCCCCCAGGGGGUGGGAGGGGUGGGGAUAAAGAGAAUUUAAGAGCCACAGAGCACAGGCGGUCACUGGCCUUAUACUCUGACAGCUGUUGACAGCCUGGGAAAUGCAGGGCAGAGGCCACUUGCUGUCAGAGAUUCUUAGGAGAGAAUUGUUUCCAGACAAAUGAGGGCCGCAGUCAGUCUCAGAGGUGCUCCCGGGGCCUCUGAGCACAAGGACCACAUGCUGUGGACCCUGACUUUCAGAUCCACAUUUAGCCAGUGUAGGACUCCAAAACAGGCCACCAAUGUUCUUUCUUCCCCACUUCCAUGCCUCUCCCCACCAGGGGAAAGUCCGACUGGUCUCUAACAUCCUGGCUAAGGGGAAGAUGGUCCCAGCUCCUUUAGCCUCUCUCCACCGUCCAGAGGCACAGACAGAGUUGCUUGGGGCUUGAAGGCCCAUAUCGAACAAUAUGGCCCUUUGUUCCAUGAUAUGCCUUCCCUUCCCUAACGCUUUGUACAGGAUGGAGCACCCCACUGGUGCUCAAUAAAUGUGUCCACUGACUGAAGCUUGACCACCAGCAG